CCCUCACUUCUGAUAUUGAUUAAGCAAUUAAAACUUGGACCAAAACAUUUCACUACAUGUUGAGCUUGGCCAAUGGUAAUAUAUCAUAUACGUAGAUGUGACUCUAGCAUCCUGGAGAACUGUCACACUUAAAGAAAGACUUAAAACAGACCAACUGCUGACAGUUGUUGCAUCUUUAGACACCUAUCCCAAUUGGAUAACACGAGCGAUGGAUAACUCUGGUUUUCUAUCUGCCAAAGCUAACGCUUUCUCAAUCGCUCAACUGAUUGACGGUUCGCAUUGUGUUGCUUUAGGACAAGACAUGAGGCAAAGUGCUGCGAAUACAUACGCAAGUGYAUGGAGUACACAGCAAUUCCAUCAAGAAAUGGAAGAGAGAUUGCUCAAUGCCGGGACAGGCAAAAGACUUCCUUCGCGACAAGACUCGCUAUCAGAAUCAGACGAAGACAGUGAUGCCAUUUCACCUCCAUGUUAUAUCAGCAACCCGUCUACAAACAGAGUUCCUCACACUCGUUCCCCGUGCGCUGAAACGUCUUCUUCGAGGAAUAAUGGAAGAAGCCUGAUCCAUGCUAACGUUGAACUUGAGAUGAAAAGUCUUUGGGACGAGUUUCACACGCUUGGGACCGAGAUGAUMGUCACUAAAGCUGGACGACGAAUGUUCCCCACAUUUCAAGUUCGUCUUUCUGGCCUUGACCCAACCGCUCGAUAUAUCUUAAUGAUGGACUUUGUACCAGUGGAUGAUAAACGAUAUCGUUACGCCUUCCAUAGUUCCAAGUGGUUAGUGGCGGGAAAAGCUGAUCCUAGUGUACCUGGACGCGUGCACAUUCACCCUGAUUCACCGUGUACUGGCGCACAGUGGAUGAAACAAAUUGUGUCAUUUGACAAAUUAAAGUUGACUAAUAACCUUAUGGAUGAUAAUGGACACAUUAUUCUAAACUCGAUGCAUAAUUACCAGCCUCGAUUUCAUGUCAUCCUUGAAGACCCUGAGAAGAGCAGUGCAGCAUCGGUAAAUGAAGUCUCCAAGGAUCGAAUACGGACGUUUAUUUUCCAAGAAACACAAUUUAUGGCCGUCACAGCAUAUCAAAAUCACAUGAUUACCCAGCUAAAAAUAGCAAGUAACCCAUUUGCCAAAGGAUUCCGAGACUGUGAUCCUGAAGACUGUGUGAUCGAAGUUAUGAAGCAAUUAGACCAGAGCAACUCAGGGACAAGUUAUGUGCGACCGCGAAGAGAAUCGGUUGACCCUCGAACAGACCUCCCCCCUGUAAUGACAUCCACACCCCACCCUGUCUCUCCUUCGAUGGCGCAGUACUCGAUGGCCCUUCAGGAAACCUAUCAAGGUGCUUAUGAAAGUAGAGCAGCAGCUUUAAACCAUAUGAGCCGCGGGAUUCCUGUGGGAACUGCGUCAUCCUGUAAUUACCCAUCAAUGAUUGCGCCYGUUGUAUCUCCGGUUGGYUUACAUUCGCCUGUAUCACCCAACUCACCCACGAGCCCACCAUAUGGACAGCGGACUUACCAUGAUGCAUUGCGCAUGCACCGUAUGGUACCCUAUCAUAAUAUCAGACAAAGGUCUUCAGUGUCUUCUUUAUCAAGCGAUGAACAAGGAUCCGAGUAAUGCUAUAAUUCUUUGUACAGACWGAAUAACGAAACAAUAAUUAUAUGGUUUUUGUUCUUGUUUACAAACAUUUCAAAUGUGUUUGACCAUGUCUGAUAUUGACGUCAGGGUUAAGUUUACGCUCUACUAUCGUCACUUACUUUCUUGUGAAGAGGUCUCCACCGAUCUCCACCAUAUGUGGGAACUCUUACAAAAAUAAAUGAUAAUAAAAAAAUUAA